UGUAUUGCGUUCUAAUAAUUCGCCUGACGUCUAGAUACCAUGUCCUUCUAUAUUUGGUCUCUUUUUAUGCUUGAAAUUUCAAGAUGGGGCGUGUCAGGACCAAGACUGUCAAGAAGGGGGCCAGGGUGAUCAUUGAAAAGUACUACACCCGGCUGACUCUGGAUUUCCACACCAACAAGCGAGUGUGCGAAGAGAUCGCCAUCAUCCCUAGCAAGAAGCUGCGAAACAAGAUCGCUGGCUUUGUUACCCAUCUGAUGAAACGCAUCCAGGCCGGCCCUGUCCGCGGCAUCUCCAUCAAGCUCCAAGAGGAGGAGAGAGAGAGAAGGGAUAACUACGUCCCCGAGGUGUCGGCCAUCGAACAAGACAUCAUCGAGGUUGACCCGGACACCAAGGAAAUGCUGAAAGUCCUGGACUUUGGAACCAUACAGAACUUGCAGGUGACCGAGUCUGGUGCACCAGGCUUCCGUGCACCCCCUCAGCGGAUCUAGAGGCCAGGCCCUCCUACACUCACCAAGAUGCCACGCCCACAGAGCGGAACACAGACGGGCAUCGCUGCAGACUAGCACAUAGGGGAUUUGUCCCUAUAAAAAACAAAGGCCACCCAGGCAUUGCAUUUUAAGUUGGCCGUAUUAUCUGUAAACAAGAACCCUCAGAAUUCAGCAAAAUUUCAACGAUGGAUGUAAGAUACAAAGGGAUACUGGCUGAUCAAUAAAAACAUGGCUAAAAAGUA